CGCUCUCUCAGGCUUCCUGCCUGCGCCCCCUCGAGCCUGACCAGCUUCUCCCAGUGCGCGUGCGUCGUGGCUGGGCGCCUAGCCAAUCAGAGCCUUUUACGACUCCGGUGCGUGCCUGCCGGCGUGGGGAGGGAGCUGUGUUCUGCACGUGCGCAGUCCUUCUCCGGCCCUUCUCGUUCGGCGCCGCCGACAUGGUGUUCAAGCGCUACGUGGAGAUCGGCCGCGUGGCCUACAUCUCCUUCGGGCCGCAUGCCGGCAAGCUGGUAGCGAUCGUGGACGUCAUCGACCAGAACCGGGCAUUGGUCGAUGGCCCUUGCAGUGGUGUGAGGAGGCAAGCCAUGCCAUUCAAAUGUAUGCAGCUUACAGACUUUGUUCUCAAGUUCCCACACAGUGCUCGGCAGAAGUAUGUCCGGGCUGCUUGGGAGAAAGAAAAGAUCAAUACAAAAUGGAAAGCCACAAGAUGGGCCAAGAAGAUCGAAGCCAGAGAAAGGAAAGCUAAGAUGACAGAUUUUGACCGUUACAAAGUCAUGAAGGCCAAGAAAAUGAGAAACAGAAUUAUCAAGCAUGAAGUGAAGAAGCUCCAAAAGGCCUCUACCCAGAAGGGGUCCCCUAAGAAGGGAGCUACCCAGAAGGCACUGGCCUCCAAGGUGUCCGCCAAGAAGAUCCCCGCAAAGAAGGCUGAGGGCCAGAAGGCCCAGAAGGGUCAGAAAGCCCCUGGCCAGAAGGCCCCAGCCAAGAAGGGACCCGCUCAGAAGGGGCCCGCCCAGAAAGGGCCCGCUCAGAAAGCAGCUGCCCCCAAGGCCAAAAAAUAAGUCGCCACAAAUUAAAUAAAGGUUUUGCUAUACACCUA